GUUGAGUCGCGCCUGUGCAUUUAGACUCUCUGGCUCUGGGAAAAGAGCGCAUUCAGGGGGAAGAAACAUGCACUAAGGCUCUUUGAGUGAAUCUCCUGACAUCCAAUUAAUCUACGUUUCAUCGGCCGUUGCCAGGACGAGUAUUUUUGAUGUCUACACACCGACUCCCUCUGUGGCCAUGUUUACACGCUCUAAUGGGCUAUGUUGUCUUCAUACUGACUUUCCUGCCAGAACUCAGCACAGGUCAGAACUGUUCUCACCCGAUUAUCCCUGAGCAUGGUGGCUUUUACUGUAAGCCUUCUCCAUGUAGGGGCUUCCCGUCAAGGAGUCGUAUCUACUAUUUCUGUGAGUCGGGAUAUGUCCUGCCGAAAGCCGUCCACCACUCCAACUGCCGCAAAGGCCGAUGGGAGCCCAGUAUCCCCACAUGCGUACCUAACACAGCUGGACAUGCUAAAUAUGAAGACAGAGUGACCAAUUCUAUCCCGAGUGUGGCUACUACUGCUGUGGGCGUUUCCAUCUUUCUUCUCACCACCACGGCCUGCAUGGUCAUCAAGUCCCGGCUCUACCCUUGCCAAUCUCGAAGGCGAUCGUCUGAUCAGUUGGACUUGAUGGUGGAUGGCUUGCCUGUGUCUCUUCCCACCUAUGAAGAGGCGGUGUACGGAAGCUGGGGUCAGCGCAUCCCGCCCUUGCGCGGACCCACUCAGCUCCUGCUGGCCUCGUCAGAGGACAGCCCAUUAUCAUCUCUCAUCCAGUCAGCUUCCAGUAACUGCACAGACACUUCGAAUCAGAGCACAGAGGCGCCGCCACCUUAUGAGGACACACCCCCACGUUCUGUAGCUGGAGGAAAUGAAGGAGAAGCGCGGGCCUCGCACAUCGCACUUUCUAUUGAAAAGGACAACUAACUUUUGGGUGUGUGAGCUCACUCACCUUCAGCUUACUGAUUGUUAGUUCUCUUGCCAUGCUUCAUACCUAUCGGUGUAGUUCAGUCGGCUUCAAAGGUUUUUUAGUUAAACAAUGUUUUUGGCACUUAUUUUAUUUGAAUGAAACCAUGCAGAUGAGAGGGGGUAGAUAUUUAGCAAACGAAUGACCGUGUGAGAUGUGCACAGUGAUAUUGAUUGUGUCGAUGUUUUCAGUGGUGCUGGAGACAUGUUUAUCGUUGCCCUCAGUGAGGGGAAUAGACCACAGUGGUCUCAUGGACUGUAAUAACAGACAUUAUUGUAGUGGACUGUGACUUUCUGCUGGAUGACUGCAAUUAGUUGGUCCUGAAUGAAUGAAGGUGACUCCAGCAGAACUGGAGGAUUGGUGGUGUCUCCUCCACGUAGACUAAAAGGGCUUGCCUAGGUGCUGAGCUGGGACUAAUGACUCAUUUCUGGCCUGAGGGAAGUAUUUUCCCAUGGAUCUCAUCUUGGAGCCCUCAUUCUGUUUAUUGUUUCAUGUCUGCCUUGUCCAUUAAUUGGGACUGCUGCUGAGUGCUCUUAUUUAACAGGUGGAGUGUAGGAGAUAUAUGAUGCUUUGCACUGAGGUUCCCUUACUUACUUAUUACUUGCUUAUUAUUUACUGCAUUAGUAAACAUUAACAAGCUAUGAACUUCAACAUUAGUAAUGUUAACAAUUUAAUAAAGUUAACACAUGUACUAAUUGUUUGUUUAAAUUUGAAUGAAAUACACCCCACUGCCAAAUGAUUUAGUCCAGAAUUUAAAAAAAUACAUCAACAUAAACUGACAAAUUAGUUUACAGCAUUUUCCUAAAUGUUGAGAACUUAUGGAACUCUGUGACUUGCUUUUCAACCUCAGUUCUGAAUGUUCAGUUAACAACCACAAAUGUUAAUUAAGGUGCUAGUUCAUAAUGCUUAUUGUGGAUUUAAUCUGACUCAUUAAUAGUAAAUUAUAUGGCUUAUUUAAACAUCACUUAAUACAAGUGUUAGCUACAUUAUUAACGUAGCAUAGUAUAUUAAGGCUGAAGUUUAUGGCUUGUUCACAUUAACUAAUGUGUAAAAUAAAGUCAGUUACAGGUUAUAUAUAAAAACAUCUGUUCUCUGAUGCGGGUUAAUAGAAGAGGGUGUGUGUGAGAGCAUGUGCACAUUUGCAGUGAACUAUUGUUAUAACUUUUUUUUUUUUUUUUUUUUUACACAUUUGUAUAUAUAGCUUUUAGAUAUAACAGAGUGUAUAUAUUAUAUACACAUGCACACAGAACAUAUAUAAAUGGAUUAUAAAAUUGCUAAAUCUUUUUGAAUGGAACAUGAUUAAAACUAGUUUUCAGAAAGACCCAUGUGCUUCUCUUUGAGGUGUUAUUGAUUGACUUCUGAUAAAAUUGUGGGACUAAAUCAGAUUCAUGGUUCCUGCUAGUUUCAUGAAUAUGGUACAUCUAUUGCUGUUUCCCAUCUUAGUGUAAGAUGGCAUUCCUCUGAAUUAAAAAAAAAAAAUCAUUUAUUACAGAACAUUUGUAUCAGUGAAGCAUAGAAAGUACAAGCAGCUUUUUACUCUCUCUAUCUUUACUCUUUAUAAGAGCAUACAGUAGCCACUAUUGUUAAAAUUCAACUCCACUGAAACACAGGCCAUGUCUUCAAAGAACAGCAGUGUGAGGAAACAUUAUGAAAUUGGAAAAGAGAAGGGAAGUCUGAGCCCACUUUAAAAACAAAAAACACAACAGAGCCAUGGGUGUAGGAUGGUGAGGGAACAGGGAGGAAUGGAGGUAGUGGGUGAGAAAACCAUCACAGGGAACAGAAGUGUGAGAGAGAGAGAGAGAGAGAGAGAGAGAGAGUGUGAGUGAGAGUUUCAGAAAGUAGGUGUUGUUUCAGGUGUUGUCUUUUUCACAGCCUUCAGCAAAAUUAUAUGGCUUAUUUAAACAUCAGCCUUAUAAUGUAGAAGUAAAGUAAGGGCUUAGCACUGUUGGUCAACUUCACUACAAAAUGUGCCCUUAGUUUACUUCUACAUUACAAAUCUAAAGUAACACGUUGUGAAGGGCUCUUUCACUUUACUCAUGGUUAAAAUCGUAAGCUAACUGAUUUAAUAAAUGGGCCAAAGAAAAAUGUCAUUUAGCUGCAUAAUUAUGUAAAGGCUUAAGUAAUGUUACAGCAUGUUUGUAAUAAUAUAGAUACUGGAAUUUAAGGUCAGCGAGGAAGGGACAGUCCAGACUUCCUAUAUGUUACGCCAAUCCACCAACGGGGAUAUACAGUCAUUCACACAGAACUGGGUUAUAAUAUUUUAAUGCCAUUCGAUUGGGUCCGUUUCUGCUGUCUUGUUCUUAAAGAAAAUAAACUGAAUGGUUUACUUGGCUACAUCAUCAUACACUCAGUUUUAUUGUAUUUCUGUUUAGAAAAA